AUGGGCUUUGGGAGGAUUAAAUGAGAUCGUAAGAGCUCAGAGCCGGUGUGCGGUUGAUGUGUAAUAAAUGAUGACAGUGAUGGUUCCCAGCAGAGCCCAUGGCGGACACCCAGUACAUCCUGCCCAAUGACAUCGGCGUAUCUAGCCUGGACUGCCGUGAGGCCUUCCGCCUGCUGUCACCCACAGAGCGCCUUUAUGCCCACCACCUGUCGCGGGCCGCCUGGUACGGAGGCCUGGCUGUGCUGCUGCAGACCUCCCCCGAGGCCCCCUACAUCUACGCCCUGCUCAGCCGCCUCUUCCGCGCGCAGGACCCUGACCAACUGCGCCAACACGCCCUGGCUGAGGGCCUCACCGAGGAGGAGUAUCAGGCGUUCCUGGUCUAUGCUGCGGGUGUCUACUCCAACAUGGGCAACUACAAGUCCUUCGGUGACACCAAGUUUGUUCCCAACCUGCCCAAGGAGAAGCUGGAACGUGUGAUCCUGGGGAGCGAGGCUGCUCAGCGGCACCCGGAGAAGGUCAGGGGCCUGUGGCAGGCGUGCGGGGAGCUCAUGUUCUCUCUGGAGCCCAGGCUUCGACACCUCGGGCUGGGGAAGGAGGGAAUCACCACCUAUUUCUCUGGAAAUUGUACCAUGGAAGAUGCCAAACUGGCUCAAGACUUUCUGGACUCACAGAACCUCAGUGCCUACAACACGAGGCUCUUCAAGGAGGUCGACCGGGAAGGGAAGGCCCACUACGACGUGCGGUUGGCUUCCGUGCUUGGCACAGAGCCUGCCCUGGACUCCGAAGUGACUUCCAAGCUGAAGAGCUACGAAUUCAGGGGCAGCCAUUUCCAGGUGACCCGCGGGGACUAUGCUCCCAUCCUGCAGAAGGUGGUGGAGCAGCUGGAGAAAGCCAAGGCGUACGCAGCCAACAGCCACCAGGAGCAGAUGCUGGCCCAGUACGUGGAGAGCUUCACCCAGGGCUCUGUCGAUGCCCACAAGAGGGGCUCCCGCUUCUGGAUCCAGGACAAAGGCCCCAUCGUGGAGAGCUACAUCGGGUUCAUCGAGAGCUACCGCGACCCCUUCGGCUCCCGAGGAGAGUUUGAAGGCUUCGUGGCCAUGGUGAACAAGGCCAUGAGCGCCAAGUUUGAGCGGCUUGUGGCAAGUGCGGAGCAGCUGCUGAAGGAGCUGCCCUGGCCCUCAGCCUUCGAGAAGGACAAGUUCCUCACGCCCGACUUCACCUCCCUGGAUGUCCUCACCUUCGCUGGCUCCGGCAUCCCUGCUGGCAUCAACAUCCCCAACUACGACGACCUGCGGCAGACAGAAGGCUUUAAGAAUGUGUCGCUGGGGAAUGUGCUGGCUGUGGCCUACACCACGCCGCGUGAGAAGCUCACCUUCUUGGAGGAGGACGACAAGGACCUGUACCUCCAGUGGAAGGGGCCGUCCUUCGACGUGCAGGUUGGGCUGCACGAGCUGCUGGGCCACGGCAGCGGCAAACUCUUCGUGCAGGAUGAGAAGGGAGCGUUCAACUUUGACCAGGAGACAGUGAUCAACCCAGAGACUGGGGAGCAGAUUCAGAGCUGGUACCAGAGCGGGGAGACCUGGGACAGCAAGUUCAGCAAUAUCGCCUCCAGCUACGAAGAGUGCCGGGCCGAGAGCGUGGGCCUCUACCUCUGCCUCCACCCCCAAGUGCUGGAGAUCUUUGGCUUUGAGGGGGCUGACGCAGAAGACGUGAUCUACGUGAACUGGCUCAACAUGGUCCGGGCUGGGCUGCUCGCCCUGGAGUUCUACACCCCUGAGGUCUCCAGCUGGAGACAGGCCCACAUGCAGGCCCGAUUUGUGAUCCUAAGGGUCUUGCUGGAGGCUGGCGAGGGACUGGUGACCGUCACUCCCACCACAGGCUCCGAUGGGCGACCCGAUGCCCGAGUCCGCCUUGACCGCAGCAAGAUCCGGUCUGUGGGCAGGCCCGCCCUGGAGCGGUUUCUGCGGAGACUCCAGGGAUGCUGCGAGCCAGAAGACUUUCAGGGUUCCAUCUCCUCCCCAGGCUCAGAAGUACAGCUUUUGGAAUACGAGGCCUCGGCUGCUGGCCUCAUCCGAUCCUUCUCCGAGCGCUUCCCAGAGGAUGGGCCCAAGCUGGAGGAGGUCCUCACCCAGCUGGCCACAGCUGAUGCCCGAUUUUGGAGCAGCCCCAGUGAGGCCCCAUCUGGCCAGGCUUGAGGAAGAUUUGCGCGGCCCCUCCCGCCACUCCAUCAGGCCAAGGCUGCAAGUGGCCCUGCAUUUGGGUGUGUAUUUAGGGGCUAGGGGAGGGGCAGGAGCUCGGACCUUGGUGCUACCUCAGCUGAGGGUGGUGACACUAACCCCUGCCAUUUGUCAGCACUUUCCAAUUUACCAAGUGCUUCCUCUCUGUUAUCUCAUUUGCUCUGUGCUGCCGUCUGUGGAGUGGGCAAAACAGGGCUCACUAUCCUGUUUCCCAGAUGAGGAAAUGACAGUUCUGAGAAGUGACUUGUCUAGAUCCUGCAGGUGGUACGUGACAGAACCAGGGCUCAAAACAUUCUCACCAAAUCCAAUGCUCCUCAUGUAUUACUUUUAUAACCAGAAAAAUAAAUAUUAGAAACCACCGCC